UAUUUGGUUCAUUAUUUUUGUACAUGUGUUGUGUUGAGUGCACUGUGUUAACAAUGAGUGUUAAUAAAUUAGGGUGAUCGGAGUUAAAGAAAGAUUCGAUGAUGGUCCUUGACCAUUUUCAAUUUAGUUGUUUCUCCAUAUUAAUUAAGACUUUUUGGAUAAAAGGACUGUGGAUACCUGAGAAAGCUUCAAACGCAUUUGAAGCUUUCGAGGCCGUGUUCAUGGAACUAUGAACCUGGACUCGUUGUCUUUUACUUUGUCACAAAUCAGUUAUUUAGUUGCUUCUAUUAACAAAAAGAACCAAAAGCAAGUCGUCGCCGAUUUAUAUAAGUUGGUGGAUCUGCAUGGGCUAGAAGCCGAUCGUCACUUGCUCCAAUGCCUCUUUUCGUCGGUGGACUUCAGUGAAACGUCCAGCAAGAUUAGUGCAGCAACUGCUCACAAUCAGGUGUUAUUAGACUAUUCCUCAACUCUUCUAAAUAAACCAGCUCUAAUAACGUCUGUCUGUUACAUUACAGAUAAUCCAUUAAACAAUCAAAAGAGCCUGAAAGUUGGACCUCAUUUUUUUCAACAACUGUGUAAGUGCCUUCGCCUCUCACCUGUCCAGGAAGUAGUGUUCGCACUUGCCUUACUCCAUUCGUCCAACUUUGACGUGUCGAGUUUGGCGCAGUCACAUUUGCGUGGCUGCGUGCCCAGUCUCGUCCAAUCGUACAUCGAUACCGAAGGUAGCGGUCACCAACAAGAGGGCGGUCUUCAUGAGACCACGCCCGAGGUCUUACAUCUGAUCUUGUCCUUGAUUGAAAAUUCGCCCAAGGAGGUCGGACUUUCUAGUGAAGUACACGCCGCCUUGCUCAAAGCGUUACAACGUGACUUUCCUAAGGACUUCGUACCAAUCGUCUUCGCACCGUUAGUAUAUUCUCAGCAGUGUGAGCUUGCGCCUGACAUCAUGGGUUCGGAAGGCCCCGGUUUAUCCGGGGGUAUGCUCGAUACACCAUUGGCCGAUCUAGUAUCAGAAAUGGGCUAUGGAUUCACUUCAUCAUUGGAAGAAUGCAGAAAUAAUCUUGUGAAGUUGAAACCUAGAGACAUAACACCCGCUCAUAUAGCGAGGGUUGUAUCUGUGAUGAGCCAGACGUUAACCGGUUUGGACCAAUCACAGAUGAAAGGAGGACCAGAAAUAAGAAAUACGUGGAAUAUCGAUGUGUUUGUGCAGGCUCUUAAGGAAGUAGUGCCUAACUUGACGUGGAGUAAUGUGAUUCUAGAAUUAGACCACCCGGACUUUCUUAUAAAAGACAGACAAAGUUUAAUUUUUCUUAUCACCCUAUUACGGCUAGGCUUGCAAACAUCUGGUUUCCAUUCUGAAACCUUUCCAAUUGAUCAUAUAUACCGACGCUGGUCAAACAUUGAAGGACAACUAAGUUUGGUAUCGAACAUCUUGAAAAACCCAGAUGUGUUUUGUUUUGCAGAUUAUCCUUGCAAUCCGGUGAUUGUCGAUGUUCUGAAAACUCCUCCAGAGCUCGAUGGCAAAGAUCUUGCAAAUUGGCGUUCGAUGAAUGUCAUCGAGUUACUGCUGACUAUUUCCGAAUGUGGCUGGUACACACAGGUGCAAGAACUAUUUAAAUAUCCUAUGCAAGCUUGUCCCGAUGUACUCGUUCUUGCUCUGCUUCAAAUAAACGGACCCAUCACCAUGCUAAGGCAAGAGCUUUUGAAAGCAUUGAUACCUAUAUUUUUGGGUAAUCAUCCCAACUCUGCAAUAAUCCUUCACAGUGCUUGGCACACCCAGACAUUAAAUAUAAAAACGAUUAUUAUGCACUCAAUGGCUGAAUGGUAUGCCAGAGGAGACUGUGAUCAAGCUAGAUUGUCACGUAUUCUGGACGUAGCACAAGAUCUCAAAGCGCUAUCAAUGUUGCUGAACGUGCAAUCGUAUCCAUUCAUCAUUGAUUUGGCGUGUCUUGCAUCGCGCAGGGAAUAUUUGAAAUUGGAGAAAUGGCUGACAGAUAAAGUACGAGAACAUGGAGACACUUUUGUGUCGGCUUGUAUCAAGUUUUUGCAUAGACGAUGUCCACAAAUAACUGGAAAACUUGAUGAAUUGAAAUCGCAAAUGGCUUUGCCCAGCGAAACGCUCACCACCAUGAUUUUGUGUAUACAGUCUUGCAUGCAUACAUAUAAUAUGAGUCAGGAAUGCCAAGAAGCAAUUUUGACAAUGUACAACAACUGUACACUAUUAAUUAAGAAUAGACAAGCUCAACAACCAACAGCAUCUAUGUUGAGAACUCACCGGGGAAUGGACACCGGACCUUUCAAUCCAACGAACAUAGGUCAAUUGUACAACACCAAUUCCGUUGAUUCGAUUGGUAACCUCGGAACCAAUUUGGCUAAUAUGAGUCUAGGUGGUGUGACAAAUUCGGCAUUUAAUUUUUCGACCGGAUUAGGACAGUUAGUUCAAUCUCCAGGUUCACCGUCGCGCAUCUUAGGUACAAACAACAAUUUCCCAAUUAUUCCAUUGGGACAUCAGGGACCUGUAGGAACUGGUGCUUCCCAUGUACCCAAUGCCAUGAAUGCUCUAAACAGAAUAACGCCAAACCCUGGAUUAGAGAAACCACGAAUUCAACAAGAUAAUAAUUUAUUCCCCGAGAUUGCACCUAAUGUUUCCAAGGACAUUGAAGAUGAAGCCAAUAGUUAUUUUCAAAGAAUUUACAAUCAUCCACCGCAUCCUACGCUAUCUAUUGACGAAGUUCUAGAAAUGCUGAAGAGAUUCCAGGAUUCCAAUGUUAAACGAGAAAGAGAAGUUUUCAAUUGCAUGCUACGUAAUUUAUUUGAAGAAUAUCGUUUUUUCCCACAAUAUCCGGAGAAAGAGUUGCACAUUACAGCUCAAUUAUUUGGUGGUAUCAUAGAAAGGGGGCUCGUCACUAGUUACAUGACGUUAGGAUUGGCUCUUCGUUUCGUACUGGAGGCACUACGAAAGCCAGAGGGUUCAAAAAUGUACUUCUUUGGUAUUGCAGCUCUAGAUAGAUUUAAGACCAGACUGAAAGAUUACCACAAGUACUGCGAGCAUGUUCGGGCGAUACCUCAUUUUAAUGAAUUUCCACCACAUUUGCGAGAGUAUGUUGAAUAUGGAUUGCAGAGCAUGGAACCUCCUUCUGCUCCUCAAGGACCGGUGUUGCCGGCGACUCUGGCUGCUAUGCUAGGACCAGCUUCUGCCCAAGGAUUCAAGAGCACUUCAGCAACUCCCACCGCUCCUAAGGCGAGUACAGCGGCCGUUGCAAGUUUGGGUAGUCGACCAUCCAUUGCAAAUGCAACAAAUAUUGACACCUUGCUAGUGGCGACAGAACAAGAAGAGAAAAUCACUUCACCUCCCGAGAGUCUUCAGGACAAAAUUGCGUUUAUUUUCAACAAUUUAAGCCAGAUUAAUUUACAGAAAAAAUGUGAUGAAUUACGUGAUAUUGUUUCCGAAGAAUAUUGGGCUUGGAUUUCACAAUAUUUAGUAAUGAAACGAGCCUCUAUCGAAUUAAAUUUCCAUGUAUUAUAUUCCAACUUUUUGGAUGUGCUAAAAGUUCCCGACGUUAAUCGAAUGGUAACAAGGGAAACGUUUAGAAAUAUCAAAGUGCUUUUAAGAUCAGAUAAGGUUAUCGCCAAUUUCUCAGAUAGGUCUUUGCUAAAAAAUUUAGGCCAUUGGCUUGGUAUGAUGACCUUAGCACGCAACAAACCUAUUUUACAAAUAGACAUAGAUCUGAAGAGUCUUUUAAUUGAAGCGUAUAACAGAGGUCAACAAGAGCUUCUGUAUAUAGUUCCUUUCAUUGCUAAAAUAUUGGAGUCAUGUGCAAAAAGCAAAGUGUUUAAACCACCGAACCCUUGGACAAUUGCUAUUAUGAACGUGCUCGCUGAAAUGCAUCAAGAGCCAGAUUUAAAAUUGAAUCUGAAAUUCGAAAUUGAAGUACUAUGUAAAACACUCGAUAUUGACAUUAGUCAGCUUAAACCUUCGAACAUUUUGAAAGAUCCAGAAUCCAUGAGAAAAAUUGAAUAUCAGCUUCAGACGCAAGCGGGCAAGAAGGAUGUCGUUCAAGUAACUUCGCAGAUGGCUUUGCAAACAUCGAAUCUGAACGAAUCUGAUAUGCUAUCCGGACAAUCGACAUCCACACCGCCUGUACCACAAAACAACAGCACUACACCCACAUCGUCAGUUGCAGCCCCGGAACCAAGAUUUAGUUACAUGGACAUACAGUUGACUGGAACAACUGCUAUACAGACGCACGUGACUAUCAACCAAAAUAUUGUUUUAUUCCAAAGUCAUCCGCAAUUGAAAUCAUUGGUAAAACCAUCCAUUGAAAGAGCCGUUCAAGAAUGGAUUAUUCCAGUUGCAGACAGAUCCAUUAAAAUUGCAUUGCAGACGUGCGAACAGAUUGUAAGAAAAGAUUUUGCUCUCGAUCCAGAUGAAAAUAGAAUACGUACCGCUUCGCAUUAUAUGGUAAGAAAUCUGACUGCUGGAAUGGCGAUGAUUACGUGCCGCGAUCAGUUAUUGGCAUCCAUUAAUUCACAAAUGAAGAUAGCCCUCCAAAGUGCACUUAUUAGCGCAACUUCACAACAAAAAGAAAUGAUGGAACAAGCAGCUAAUAUUAUUGCUCAAGAUAAUAUGGAAUUGGCAUGUGCUUUCAUUCAAAAAACAGCAAUUGAGAAAGCAAUUCCCGAAAUUGACAAACGUUUGAUAAGUGAAUUUGAGUUGAGAAAAAUAUCCAGGCAAGAUGGAAGACGUUACUGCGACGCUAUAGCUUUAACAUACCAAGCCGAGAGAAUGCCAGAACCCAUACGCCUUAAAGUCGGCGGUAUAACGAGCACUCAGAUGACUGUUUACGAAGAAUUUGCACGCAAUAUUCCAGGAUUCCUGCCAAUUUCAGAUCGUGAAAAUAACCUCUUUAUUAACAAACCUGCCGUCAACUUGGAGGUUGCUGUACAGCAUCCAUCAACACCCUUCCAGGUUGCACAGGCUUCUGAUGAAAUGGCUUCACUUUGUGAAAAAUUAGCACUUGAAGUCGACCAAUUUAUUGUUGCCACAAGCGGACAAUCCAAUUAUGCCGUCAUGAAUAACACUAUGAUGAUGAUUCGUGAUUGUCUUAUGUACACCAUGCAUAAUAGGGAAUUAGGAUCAUCAAUCGCAAUUGUUCAAAAGUGUGUUGAAGGCUUACAAGAUACUGUGGUUCAACACAACGAACAUGACGUAAUUUUGAAAUUCCGCGAAAUUACAAUCAGAAUCUUGAAAUCCUUGCAAGAUCCAAGGGCAUUCGGACAACAGUGGGUAAUUAAACAAGUGACCAGAUUUGUUACUGAAUUUCGAGAUGAUGUCCGAAGUAACGAAGCUGCAAUCGAGACACUAAUCAGGGCCGGAUUAGUUAAUAUGCAGCAGUUUGAUCUAUCUUUAGCUCAAUUCAUGGAAAAUGGACCGAAUUACAGAGCUUUAAAUCUUGGCACUACCCUCGUGCAGAAUUUGGUUAUCGAUGACCGUUCCAGUAACAUCGGCGAAUCUGAUUUCUAUAACACGAUUGAUAUGAUGAUUAAAAUUAAUCAAUUAAUUCGACAACCGCCAGAGACAUUGACGAACAUUUUGGAUAUGUUGAAACAACAUCACGAACAAGGCGUUUUUCUCGGAGAUCGCACUACCGGUGGUCCAAUAGUACACAUUCAUAAUGGAAUUUUACAAGUUCGUUCUGCGCCAAAUUACGAGGACCCACCUGGAUUAGUAGAAAAGACUGAUUUCCUAAUACGCGAUUGGAUUUCGGUUUAUAAUUCUCAACCGACUGGUCGCGAUUCGACAAAAGCAUUCAGUUUGUUUGUACACCAAAUGAAUUGUCAAGGCAUCCUUAAAACUGACGAUCUGAUUACGAGAUUCUUCCGGCUGUCCACGCAAUUGUGCGUCGAGUCUGUAUAUAGAAAUAUGAGUGACCAAAAUCUGACUGGAAAUCACUUGAGAGUUAAGUGCUUUAAUACCUUGGAUGCCUUUGUGCGUCUAGUCGCACUUCUGGUGAAACAUUCCGGGGACAGUACCAAUAGUACAACAAAAAUACAUUUGCUCAAUAAAGUACUUGGCAUAGUCGCUGGAUGUCUGCUUCAGGAUCAUGAGCAGAGAGGAACCGAAUUCCAACAGUUUCCAUAUCACCGCAUAUUCAUCAUGCUUUUCUUGGAGUUGAAUGUUCCAGAACCAGUGUUGGAAACUAUCAAUAUGCAUGUGCUGACUGCAUAUUGUCAUACUUUGCACAUUUUGAGACCUUCGAAAGCUGCAGGGUUCUGUUACGCUUGGCUGGAAUUAGUAUCACAUCGAGUAUUUAUGGGCAGGAUGCUAGCUUCGACGCCCCAACAAAAGGGUUGGGCUAUGUACGCUCAAUUACUUAUUGAUCUAUUCAAGUAUUUGGCUCCAUUCUUACGCAACGCUGAGCUUGCCAAACCCGUCACCAUGCUGUACAAAGGAACUUUAAGGGUGCUACUAGUUUUAUUACACGAUUUCCCAGAGUUUUUGUGUGAUUAUCAUUAUGGUUUCUGCGAUGUGAUUCCACCGAACUGCAUUCAGAUGCGCAACUUGAUAUUGUCGGCAUUUCCAAGAAACAUGAGGCUUCCCGAUCCAUUCACUCCGAACCUUAAAGUUGAUAUUUUGCAAGAGAUUGCUUUUGGGCCAAGAGUUUUGAAUAACUUUUCAUCUAUGAUUACUCCAAUCACAUUUAAAAAAGACCUAGAUUCUUACUUGAAACUAAGGGCUCCAGUUACAUUCUUAUCUGAAUUGAGAAGUAAUUUACAAGUGUCCAAUGAGCCAGGAAUGAGGUAUAAUAUCCCUUUGAUGAACGCGCUGGUUCUCUAUGUCGGCACCCAAGCGAUCGGUUUCAUUAGGGGUAAGACUCUUACUCCGAACAUGCAAACCAUUGCCCACAGUUCACACAUGGACAUCUUCCAAAAUCUUGCUGUCGAUCUGGAUACCGAGGGAAGAUAUCUGUUUCUGAAUUCGAUUGCGAACCAACUGCGGUACCCCAACAGUCAUACCCAUUAUUUCUCAUGCACACUGCUUUACCUAUUCGCUGAAGCAAAUACUGAAGCUAUUCAAGAACAGAUUACCAGGGUUCUCCUCGAAAGACUCAUCGUGAAUAGACCGCAUCCAUGGGGACUUUUAAUCACAUUCAUUGAGCUGAUCAAGAAUCCUAACUAUAAAUUCUGGAAUCAUGAGUUUGUCCAUUGCGCUUCAGAAAUCGAAAAAUUAUUUGAAUCUGUGGCGAGAUCGUGCUUCGUCCAGAAAACUGCGAUCCAAGCUGAAGGAGAGCUGCAAGAGUGAUAGCCGAUAGUGAUCUUUAUUAUUAUUGUUAUGGAGGAUGUAUUAGUCGCGCAUAUUCAUUUAUUUUCUCUUUAUUACCAUUAAUUACUUUUCCGUUUUUCUACGAUGAAGUUCGUUUCAUUUUUUAAUUAUUAUUAUUUAAACAUUACUGUUCCAGUUGGCAGAUUAUUUUUUCACUUCCAAUAUUUUUCCUUUCAUAUUUGGGAAUUUAGUAUUUAAGUAGUGUAGAU